AUGUAUCUAUUUUCAGACUUGAAUCAUAAAAUUAGUCAACUAAAUGCAGCCGUCGGCCCCGAAAUUCUUGUUGGACAAAUAUGGCUGCAAGAUCAGCCAACAGGCGUCGAGAUUACGGAACUUAACACUUCGGAUGAAUUUGAUUCGGCUCGAGUUCAAAACACGAACGAUCGCAAGGAUCAUGCCUGGAGCUAUACUAAAACUGAAACACUGCAACAUGUAGAAGAAAACUACAAAAUCAACCAAAAAGCAAGGGAAAGGCGACGCAUGCAACAUGACCGUAGUUUCUUUAAUGCAAGCGCUACAAACACGCGAGGUCAAUAUACAAAUAACAGUUACGAUUCAGAUAUAGAAAACCAUUACAUUGAUGACAAUCAUCUAAUCAAUCAUCAAUCUGACUCUUCGUCAGAUGCGGACCUUGAGAUAAUUACAUCUGGCGAUAUGUUAAUGGAAGAAAACCAUUGGGAUUCAGGGAAACAUCAUUACAAGGAGGAGAUCAUAACGUACGAUCCUGAUUUAGACAAAGAAGCACGUACUAUAUGGAUUUACUCAUUCAAAAAUAGGCACCUCCUUUCAGAAGAUGAUUAUGACUGUGAAAAUAGCGAAGAAGAAAGAACUAAGGACAGAAGUACAAGUGGUAGUCGCUUAGGAUCACCGAUACCUCCAGCUUAUAUACCCAGACUUAAUUUAUCUUUCGGCCCAACAUUGUCUACCGUUACCGAAGUAUCCGAACCGAACAAGCAAAUGUCCGCGUCACCGAAUCCGCCAUAUAAAUCUCCCAAAAAUAUUUUUCAAAAGCCAACAAACGGAAAGUGCUACAAAAUACGUCGUUACAUCGAAACUACUAUCAUCCCAACAUCGGAUAGGACCAUGUUAGCUAGUAUCGAUGCAACUGUUCAGCAGAAUGUGAAACACUAUUAG